AUGCCCAUGCUAAAUGCAACCCUGUUGCAAGCCUUUGCCGCCGGUGCUGCCUUGUGCUCUACCAGUCUCGGCACAACAUUUACUAUCCUAGGCACAAGCCGUCUUUCAGCAACGCGUCUCGGCGUUGUUUUGACAAGUGCUGCCAUGAUGGAUGAUGUCAUAGGCCUGAUCAUGGUCCAGGUUAUUUCAAACCUCGGUGGUGAUGCCUUUGAUGCCAUCACAGUCGUCAGGCCUGUCGCUGUCUCUCUUGGUUUUGCUAUCAUCAUUCCUGUUCUUUGCAGAUUCAUCGUUCUACCACUUACUGUUCGACUCAAUGCUUUCCGAAACGCGAAUCUGACUUCUAGAAUUUCAAAGACUUUCGCUAUGAGUCAGACUGCUUUUGUCAUUCACACCGGAUAUCUCCUUGGGAUAGUCAUUGGUGCCACUUUUGCAGGCACUUCAAGUCUCUUGGCUGCAUACAUAGCUGGCGCAACUAUCAGUUGGUGGGACUCCGAUGUUCCUCAUCUCGAAGCCCAACAUAUCACCACCAAUGCGUCUGAAGCUACCAGAGAAGGUGUGGUUACCGAAGAGUUAGCAACCCAAGACUCAGCCCCAGAGAGCAGCGUUUUCCCAAAGGUUAUGGAAGGCGGUUCGGGUGCUGAGAUCUUUCAUCAUUACUAUGAACCUGCCCUUCGACAUAUUCUCAAGCCUUUCUUCUUCGCCUCCAUUGGAUUUUCGGUUCCCAUCACAAAGCUUUUCACAGGUCCCAUCGUAUGGCGUGGGGUCAUCUACACCAUCCUUAUGAUAUUCGCUAAACUUGCCUGUGGUUUUUGGCUUAUGUCGUUCAGAAACCCCUUCCGAGCUCUUGUACAGCUUUCUCAUAAACUUAUGCCCAAACUCAAAAAGUCUUCUAAAGGAUUGGUGCCUGGUGCUCAAUGUGCAGACAACACAUCACCUCGCGAUGGGGCCAGUGCAGCACAGGAAGGAGAAGAGCGUGAUAUCAUUCCUCUGGAACCCGUCACUGACACAGAUACAUCUCAGGCUUCUCCGCAAGUGCGUAACGCGACCCCUAAACCCGAAAAGGCUUUGUCUCUAUAUCCAGCAUGUAUCGUUGGUAUUGGCAUGGUAGCUCGAGGUGAGAUAGGAUAUCUGAUCUCGGCACUGGCCGAAAGCAAAGGCAUCUUUGGUGCAACGACAGAUGGCCAGUCGUCAGAGAUAUUUCUGAUUGUUACCUGGGCCAUCACGCUCUGUACGAUCAUUGGGCCUAUAUCUGUGGGAUUGAUCGUCAAUAGAGUCAGAAAAUUAGAAAAUGGGAGUCUAAAGGAGAAGGGUGAGGGAAAGAAGAAUGUUCUAGGGGCCUGGGGAGUGAGCUAG